GGGCGUUACCAUAGUGAGGAGAAAUCCUAUUUUAUUGAGUAGGUUGUAGCCAUCAGACGCUGGGGUUGGAGGUAGAUGACAACCGUAAACAAGCAGCAGUAAAACUCUGGCACCUGUGACGGAUAACUGAAGUAUCAGAGGAGGAAAGCUGAAGAUGGUGAAUGUUGAAACGUUAGCGUGCUGUGGGCUGCUGCUCCUGAGUUUGGGGCUGUGUGUCCACUCCGUGCCCAUCACGGCAGACCGGACUAAAGAAAAUGUUCCAGAUGAGACGCUGGAGCCACCACAGAGUGCGGAGACAGGCCUGCACUACGACCGCUACCUCCGGGAGGUCAUCGAGUACCUGGAGAAGGACCCUCACUUCAGAGAAAAGCUAAAAAACGCCAACUUGGAUGACAUCAAGCAAGGUAAACUUUCCAAAGAGCUGGACUUUGUCCACCACAAUUUGCGGACCAAGCUGGACGAGUUGAAGAGGGAGGAGAUGAACAGAUUACGGAUGCUCAUUAAAGUCAAGCUUGACAUGGAGAAGGAUAGUACACAGAAAGUGAACAACCGUGCUCUGCUCAAAUACUUUGAACACCUCAACCACGUGAACCCAGACAAGUUUGAAGUGGAGGACCUGGAACGUCUCAUCAAAUCGACGAUGAACGAUCUGGAGCAUUUUGACAAGGCCCACCACGAAGAGUUCAAGAAAUAUGAAAUUAUGAAGGAGCAUGAAAGGAGAGAACAUCUGAAGAACAUGGAUGAGGAGGACCGCAAGAAGGAGGAGCAGCAUUAUGAGGAGCUGAAGAAGAAACAUGCGGACCAUCCCAAAGUCAACCAUCCAGGAAGUGAAGACCAGCUUAAGGAGGUGUGGCAAGAGGAGGACGGUCUGGACCCAGAGAGCUUUGACGCAAAGACUUUUUUCAAAAUACAUGACACUAAUGGAGAUGGGUUCUUUGAUGAGAAUGAGCUGGAAGCUCUCUUCACGAAAGAGCUAAAGAAGGUGUACAACUCUGACAAUGAAGAAGACGACAUGGUUGAGAUGGAGGAGGAGAGACUCCGAAUGAGAGAGCAUGUCAUGAACGAGGUGGACACUAACAAAGACAGACUGGUGUCACUGAGUGAGUUCAUUGAUGCCACUAAAAAGGCCGAGUUCAAUAAAAAUGAUGAGUGGGAGACAUUAGAGCAGCAGGCUGUGUACACUGAGCAGGAGCUGAGGGCAUAUGAGGAGAGUUUGGCCAACGAGGAGAAAAACAUCAAUGUGAAAGCGGUCGAGCUGCAGAAACAGAAAGAGGAGCUGGACAGGAAGCAGGAACAACUCAAUGCCCAGAAGGCAGAGUUACAAAAGGCAGUUGAAGGGAUAGAAACGUUUAAAGCUAAAAGCAAAACAGCCGAGGUUAAAUCAGAGGAAGGUGAACCAGCACCAGUUGUACCAGGAAACAACCAGCCAGUGCUGCCCGGUCACCAGCAGCAGGAUGUACCAGUGCCAGGACACUCUUAGCAAAACCUCACCACUGUGUGUGCUGAAUGAAUGUCAGUCAGUGUGUGUGUUGGUGUGUGUGCGUGUAUUUGCAUUUGCCAUUAUUUCAAUUGUUUUUUAGGACAGUAAAUUUCAUGGACUGUAUUGAAAAUAUUUAAUUUUACUCAACUCUGAUACAUGAGCCACUCGUUUGAUUUUUAUUCUUGGGAUCAACCUCUGUUCUCCAUGGACACUGGGUUUGAGAAAGUCUGCAACUUGCAGUGAUUGAGUCUGGUUGCAGUGAAACAAAUCUGAAAACCCUCCAAGUCCAGUUUUAUUGUUUUUAUGAUCAGAUGUUUUAACAGGGACAUUUCACAGAUGUUAUAGUAUGAAUUUAAUUGAAUGAUUUUUGUGCCUAUGUAUGUUUUCAUGUGUGUAAUUUCUUAUAGUUGCAUAAUUUAUGUUGUCUCUACUAAACACUGGAUUUAAUUAUUAAGUAUUUUUACAGACAUCAGAAAACAAUCAGGUAAAAGUGCAGAUUUUUUUUUAUUAUCCACCACCAGCAUUCAGUGAGUCAAAUGUGCAUGUGGUUUGAAUGUGUACAAUAAAGUGAUGAUCUUGCA